GGGGUGUCUGAUAUUUUAGCGACACGUCUACGGGAGUUCUGUCAACCUCGACUGGCCCAGCGAAGUACAGCCUAAGCCAGAAGAUUUCACACGCUAAUGUGUUGUGUUCAGCUUGUUGCACGCCUGACGUGUAGUGCUUUGAACCCACGUCUUUUGACCUGAAUAUUCGACGGGUCAGUGUUUUGAUGUAUGGGAGGGAUCCGUGUUUGACCGGAAAUGAAGUUUGAUUAGACUAGCAGCAGACGUGUUUUUUGUUGUGUUUUGUCGCUGGUGAUUUGAGAAAGGCGAAAGAACAAGAUGUCAGGUAACCCAGUGACGAGUUUCUUCACAAAACUUAGACGUCCCGAGACCAGGGACAAGUCGAGGGAACGAAAUGUCUCCAAGGAAAGAAACGUCUCCAAAGAAAGAAAUGUCCCCAAAGAAAAUGUCGCGAAAAAAUCCGACGAAGGAAAACGUACUGAGCAAGUAAAAGUACAAAAGCGACAACGUCUAAAAAGUGAUUCCGAGGCCACUGUGAAAAAUGAAAACACGAAAAGAAAUGUCAAGGCCGAGAGACGGAAAUCCAGCGCAAUGUCGUAUCUAUUGUGUAUGUCCAAGAACGGAGACACGCUUGAAAGAGCACCACCAACAUCCCGCCCGGAAAAGGCUAAAGACAAUAAAAAUGUGAAACAGCAGAAUAAAGGAAACAAAAAAGAAGGUUUGUCUGAGAAAGUCGAGAACGGAAAUGAUAAAACUACCGAGGGGGGCGGCAAUCUUGCGCCACGUAAAGGGUGGUUUUCUCCUGUAGGAGUUCUUCCCCCUGAGUUGCUGGUCAACAAGCCCAAUGAAGUCAAGGAGAACAACUACGGUCCGAUGUAUCAGCCGGCCCGCGGCCCCAGCCAAGGCGUCCGGUACCGUGUAGACGGGACUCUAGAAAAGCCGUACGUUUUCCCUUCCGGUUUCACUUUCGGACCGGAAGGGAGAAAAAUUCAACUGCGGCGAAGCACGCCGGACUACCUCAACAACCUGGAUAAAAAUAGCGUCAAGGUCAAGGCUGAGAAGGUCGCCGUGGACGUCCACGCGCCGUCUCCGGUCGCGGAAGAGUUCGACGCCAAGAAAGCUUUUUACCUGAAGUUUGACGCCAUGGUGCACGAAGCCAACCAACGAAACUUAUACCGACACAGCAUGCCUGAGGUUCCUCAAUCGUUUAACGUAUACACUGACAUGGACACCAAUCCAAAACACGACAGUGCGAAAAGUCUCAACACAAAAUUACCAACGGUGGAUGAGAAGGUUCCAGAAAUUUCCGGCGGUGUUCGUGAAUCGUGGAGGGACAAACGGAAACGGGAGGGGGAGGGAAAGGUGCGCAGAAGUCAAAGAAAGAACCGGUACAGUAUGCCGGUUAAGAAUGAUGAAUACGUGUACAUGGGAAGUUUUGAGAAUGUUAACUUGUGUGAUUCGUUAGAUAAAAGAGUGAAUAAAGGGAGAGAAGAAGCGGAAGAGGAAGAGAGGAAUAAGAAAGUGGAUUCGCAUCGGUACAGCAUGCCGGUGAAAAACUCGGAUCUGGUGUAUAUGGGGAGUUUGGAGGACUUAAACAAACAUGGCGUGGAGAAUGACAGGAGUGGUUCGCCUCGGGAGUUCACCAAAUCCGACGCCAGUAGAUGGAGCAACGCCAGUAUACAGAAUUACGUCAGACCGCCAGCGUAUAAGGACGGGUCUUCCCGUGAAAAAGUGUCUGAAGAUGGUCGAACUUCCGAUCCGAGAAAAAUAUCCAGCGGCGAUACGAAUGUUGGGACGUCAAUGACGUCAUUGAAUGCGGACGUGAAGAAUGUUAAGGUUGAAGAUGAAGAGGAAGAUGAUUUUUUCGAUGAGGAUUUUACAAUGUCGAGGCCGGCGGUGAAUCCAUUUAGCAGGGCAGGGGCGAGGUCUUCAUACAUGCCUGACAACAAGAGGUUCAUGGCGCCGCCUCCCGUGGCGUGCGUCUCUAAACCCAACAACACAACAAUGGCUUCUUUGUCGCCUAGCAACGGCAUGAAAACCGCAGUGGCAGGGGGUAAGCUGUUCAACAUUCCUCCCCCUCCCAAUUACACGCCCCCGUGGGAGGAGAUGGAGAGCGCCCAGGGUAGGUUGUCUGAGUUCGCGGGCUGCCACAAAGGUUCUCAGGUGGAUAUCAGCUUUGACGCCGAGUCCCUGACGAUGGAAGAACGCGACAUGAGCCUCAACAGGAUCAGCGCUAAGACGCUACAGUCCGUCGUCACGGGUGACCGAACUCCCGACCCCAGGCUGAGAUCCCAUGACUCAUCCACGCAAGUUACCGCCAGCCGAGGUAUCUCACCAUCACCACAGCUUCAAUCUACACCUGCACAUUCAGGCGCAGAGAGACGUUUAGAAAAUAAUAACCUUUCGGUUUCACGGGCCAGUACACCGUGUCAGGUUAAACCUGUUAACACGUCACCCAAACCACAGGUUAAACACUUUAACACGUCACCCAAACCACAGGUUAAACCUGUUAAUACGUCACCCAAAUUACAGGUUAAACACUUUAACACGUCACCCAAACCACAGGUUAAACCUUUGAACACGUCACCCAAACUGCAGGUUAAACCUUUUAAUACGUCACCCAAACUACAGGAGUUGAACCAGGUUAAACCUUUAAAUAGUUUACCCAAACCACAGGAGGUAAACACCGACUAUGAAUACAUUUAUUUAGCUGGAAGCUCGCCUCAGGUUUUAAAUAAACCUAUUCGAGUAUCCAACGCAGAUUCAGGUUUAAGACACGGCGUCAACGACAGCACCACAACUGCCGAACCAUCACAACCACCACAACCUGAAACCAGCACCACACGGACGGUGGUCACGUCGACGCCAAAAUCCGUCCGCAGACCGAAAUCUGACGCAGGUACCGCAGGCGACAGACCGGUACCCUCGCCGAGAAAAAGAUUCAGCGGGAUGGUCCUGUCAGACUCCAGCAUCAACAACGACACGUUUUUCACCCUCGUCGACAUCACCGACAUCCACGAGACCCAACCACAGAAAUCCCCACCCGUGCCCAGAAAACGCCAGACUGUGUCUCAGAGUUCCCCGGACGUUAAAGAAACUCCGGAAUCCAAACCUCUCCCGAAAUUAAAACCAGACGCAACGAGCAAUUGUUACGCUGUGACCGAGUUGUUAGUUGGCCCAACGUGUCAGCUUAAUUCUUCAUCAAAUCCUUACAAAACUGUGGACAUUACACCAGAGAGGCGUUCUUCUACUUCUCAUAUUUACGAGGACGUUGAAAAAAAAUCCAUUACACCUGCAAAUAAUUCCUCACCUAAAUCUAUUACGCCUGCAAAUAACUCCUCACCUUCGAAAGGUCAGCAUUAUGAAGCGUGUGGGAGUUUGACCAAAGAAGGCGUUAAAGAAGAUCAAUAUUUCUUCAUAGAACUCGAGAAACGCCCACCCCGCAAUGCUGAAAUUCUCGCACCAUUACAAACAAUAAAACUGACGGAUUCGCCAAGUCCUCGGAGAAAGACGGAAGUGACGUCAUCAGCAGGGUACCAGAGCUUAUCCCCGCGGCCAAUCUACACCGGGCUGUCGUCAUCGACGUGCGACCUGGUCGAUGUGUUCCAUGAUGAGAACGCCAACUGCCCCAAGUUCAGCAACCACCUAGAGAACGACGACGACAACUGCGUGGCGGAUGACGAGUUGAGCGGGUGCAAUGAAGAUGAUGAGGACGAGGACAGGGUAAAGACGAGGUCGUUGAAGAAGUGGGCGUCGGCCGAUGACAUCAUCAGGAGUGGGAGUAUUUUAGACAGCAGAUCAAUGAUCCAGGCCAAGAAACGUCGACUGCGCAAGUCCAAAGCCCGGAGCCAAAUCCUGAUCCCUUCCGACAUGGCGGACACUGACGAACCCAUGUCGCCCGACGCCAGCUACCACCCGGGGAGACGCCACUACAUCAAAAACAAAAACGCCGGCAAAAGCAAGCACUCGAACCCGAAGUUAAACCACACGGACUCUGGUCACGACAGUGACACGCUAUCUCCUGCGCCAAACAGUUUCAGCAGCGCCAUCUUGGAUAGUCUGAUAGCUAAACACAACACCAGUGCCAGAAAAAAAUCCAGCGCGUCGAAAAAAUCUUGGGAGACGCGACUUCAGAGCUUGCAGUGGCUGAGGAAGAUUCGAUCCCGGGAGAAUUUGUUGAACCUGAACUCACCUGGGAGGUUGGUGUGAGGUGUCACGUUUAUUUUGUCACGUUUGUGUCACGUUGAUGUCACACCAGAAAGGCGUUGUGCUGUGUCACAUUUGAUAUCCUGAUAAAGCGUCACGCUGAUUUUAUGCGACAAAAUGUACCCUCAUUGUGUCACGUUAGGAAUCACGUUAUUAGUGAGUGUCACGUUUAAGACGUCACGUCAAUGCGUCACGUCGAAAUGCCAUCUCAGUCGUACCCAACGCUUAAGAACACACUAAAGAAGAAUCACAUCAGAAACAAUUUUUUCUUCAAUAUAGUGAACUGCCAUGCAAUGAUAUUUUGUCGCUCUAAAGCCACAAGGGAGGUAAUCACUUUUAAAGACAGGCCGGUGCUUUUAGAGCUAUAGGAAAGGAUAAAAAAUUUCCUGCUCAUAACAGUAACAACUAGAGACUGACCACUAGAGGUAUCCGCGUCAUGGGUGGUUUGAUGAGAUUUGUUGUGUCUCAUAUACACCCAUAUCUGUACCAUACAUUUCUAGGGCCCCUAGACAAGUUGACAAGAAUGUCCUUCUGGAGAGUGAGGUGACAAGAAUGUCCUUCUCGACAGUGAGGUGACGAGAAUGUCCUACUGGACAGUGAGGUGACAAGAAUGUCCUGCUGGUCAGUGAGGUGACAAGAAUGUCCUACUGGACAGUGAGGUGACCAGAAUGUCCCACUUGUCUGUGAAAAUGUCCUACUGGUCAGUGAGGUG